ACAUGAUGAUGUUUGAUUAUAUUUUAUGACAAAUAUUGUCAACAGUUUAUCAUACAUCGUGUUAUUGAGUACUACCUUCUGAGUUGGUAUAAUUGUGUGCUGGUAAGAAGGAGUAUGUGUAGUUCUUGUAAACAAUACAGCUACGAAACUAUAACCAUUACACCAGUUCGAAUAUCUGAAGCUGAAGAUGUAAAUAUAAAAAAAGUGAAAUAAGAGGAUGUUUUUAUUUCAAUCAACAAUUUUUUUUAUAAUAAUUGUAAACGAACAUUUCUUAUUCAUACAAUAUUCUGCGUACAAAAAUCUAUUAACGUGUCUUUAUAUUUGAAAGACAGUUUCACGAGGAACUAUGUAAGCCGUAAUUAAUGCACAAGUUUAACGUCGUUACUGCGUUUUAUAGUUGAAAGGCAUUGAUUUAUUUAAGUAUUUCAAUAUAAGGUCUUGUGGUGCAAUAUACGUAACAGUAAAAUACAGUGAUGCUCAGUGUAAAUAACAUGCAAUGCGCGCAGGUCGAUUAUUAAAACGUACCUGCGUUGAACUGCAAUACCCCUUGAGAAAACUGUCCUCGAAAGUCGACAGUGUAAUCUACUGAUACGAAAACUAACGCUAUUACGAGAACGUUACAUGACGUCAACGCAACAAAAAUCAAAACCAUUUAUUGGUGCUCGGAUGUGACGUCAUCAUGCCACUGGUGAUAUACAAGUGGGACGGUGACGGCGUGAGCACGAGAGGUCACGUGUCCAUGGGACUUCCCAACGGCGUCCAUAUCAGCUGGUGGCCCGGUAAAAAGACCAAACAGAUAACAGUCCAGGGUGUCAAAGCAGUGGAGGACCAAACCUUAGAAAUGGAUAUAGCAAAUUUCGACGGCGUGCGACCGACAGUUUACAAUCUGGACACAACCGAAGAAGAGGAUGCCCUUAUCAUAGAAUGGUGGACGAAAUUUAAAUCGAAGACAAACACGUAUCAUCUAAUGAAGUGCAACUGCUCUACGGUCGUUUCUAAAGCACUUAGUGUCGUCUAUGGCAACGUAGAGGACUGGUACGUCAUCAAGGAGGUGUGGACGCCAAAUGACGUCGAGCGCGUGGUACAGCGGCUCAUCUCGGGCGAGUACAAGAACAUGCAUCUGAGUCGCGAUAUGGAGGCGAUUAAUAUCACGCAGGAGAGCGAGUUUGUUGUGAUUCAGCGACGGGAAGAGACCAAAUCGAAGAGAAAUCGACGAACUUGGUGGACAAAGAUCAGCAAAAGGGGACGAACGUUAGUGGGUUUGACAGACGACGGGGAACACGCGAUGUGUUGUUUCCCGUGUUUUCGCUGAUGAUUUUGCAAAGGUUCCCCAUGUUAAAUAUUAGUCGGGAACCAUCACAUACGUACAUGAUUUGCAAAAAUCAUUACAGCAUAGUUUUAGGCAAUCUGUCCAAUCGUUUGUACCUUGUUGAACGGUUAACGUAUUCAUCUCACAAAAUCACAUGGCGCAAUUUGUGUAUGUUUAGGAAUGUAAAUUACUGUUUUAAACAUUUCUUUAAGCUGGAACAGAAAAAAAAACACGCAUUGAAAAGGAAUAUUGAUUUUAAUAAGUGACUGUGUUCUCUCUGUCGUAAACGAUAAUCAUCAUACACGGAUGAAGCAAUGUAUUUAACAACCAAUUGCAUUUUUUAUAUUCUUUUUCUGUCCAUGUUAUCUUCCCAAGAGGAAAUAAUAGAAAACAAAUUAUUCUUCUAUUAAUCAACAUGUGCCAAACGAACUAUGCAAAAAUGUCGGUACUUCAUAUAUAUUUUUUAUAUUGUUAUCGUAGUCUGUCAUUAUUCAUAUCGAUAACAGCUUAAUUAAAUAUUGCAUAUUGUAAGUCAAUAAAUUGAAAUAUUUUA